AGUCUUUAUCUUUCUCUCUCUCUCUCUCUCUUUUUCACUCACACACAAACACAUACACAGAAAUUGCUAUCAAAAAACCUCUUUUAUUUUUUGGUGACAGUUCACACAAAAAAGUAAUCUUCUUUAAAUUAAAAAGAAAAACAACCUUUAUUACUCAUCUUAAUUUGUGUAGAAUCUGCAACACCCACAUGGGAAGGCAUUCUUGUUGUUAUAAGCAAAAGCUAAGAAAAGGUCUUUGGUCCCCUGAAGAAGAUGAAAAACUCAUUAAACAUAUCACUAAAUUUGGCCAUGGCUGCUGGAGUUCUGUUCCUAAACUUGCUGGCCUUGAAAGAUGUGGCAAAAGUUGUAGGCUUAGAUGGAUUAAUUACUUAAGGCCUGAUUUGAAAAGAGGCACAUUUUCUCAACAAGAAGAGAAACUUAUUAUUGAAUUACAUGCAGUUUUAGGAAACAAGUGGUCGCAGAUAGCUGCACAACUGCCUGGAAGAACAGAUAACGAGAUCAAGAAUUUAUGGAAUUCUUCUAUAAAGAAAAAAUUAAGACAAAGAGGAAUUGAUCCCAACACACAUAAGCCACUUUCCGAGAUUAAUGAGGAUCAAAAAGCUCCGUCUGGAAGUAACGACAAAACGUCACAAGGUUCAUAUAAUCUGGAGGAAAAAACUCAGCCAACUGUUGCAUCGGUGAUGGCAACUUCUUACACCAACCUCAUUGACAACUCUCCACCCGCCACACACGAAUUUUUUCUUAAUAGAUUCCUCACUUCUCAUGAAUCAUCCAAUAAACAACCCGAAUCCCAUCACCAAAUGCCGAAUUUCCUCCCUUUUAACUACACCCAACAACAACAACCUCCAGAAUCAUCGGGUGAUCAUCUUUUCUUCACUGAUACUAAAACGUCGUCAACAGAGCUUUUGCACGAAUACAACACGUCUAUCUUGAAUAAUUCUCUAAUCUCGGCUACACAACGCAACACGGGUAGCUACAACAACAAUAAUUGGGGGACUAAUAGUGGAUUUUUUCAGUCAAAUAGUACAUGGGGUUUAACUGAUUGCACAAAAACAACUACUACUACUACUACUACUCAAAGUGGUCAUAAUCAAAACCAAGUUCAAGUUAAUGAUACUACUACUAUUAUUGAUAGAGAUCAGCAACAAGAAUACAUCAAAUGGAAUGAACAAUAUCUUCCAUUUUUGAUGGGCAAAUCAACAAUUGAAACCAAACCUGAAGUCAACUUUGGGGUCAACAGCAAUAAUGAAUUGUAUCAAAGUGUGGAUACUAAUUAUAACAAGCAUUUUCAAAGGAUUUCAACCAGCUAUGGACAUUUUACAUAGAGAAAUUUUUUUCUUUUUUUUACAACAAAUUCAUAAUUCAUACUGGUGUGAGCCUUCUAGAGGUUUUUUUUCUUCUUUCACUUUUUUUCUUUUUUCAUAUUUAUUAAAAGUUGUGUAUAUAGGCUGAGAAAGAUUUGUCAAUUUAUUUGAUUUUAUUAUAAGUUUGCUUCAUUUUCAAACAACGGAUAGUUUUCAACCAUAUUGCUUUUAAUUUUCAUCCUUCAUUGAUAUCAAAUAU